UUUCCAGCUGCUGCGUCUUGGCUGGUUCUCUCUGACUUCAGGGUUCCCCUUCUAUCCUCCGAGAGCUUAGGACUUCCGGCUCUGCUACUUGCGGCUGGCUUCAGCUGCUGCCACCAGACCAGCCUGGUACCCCGCCCCCCCACAUUCCUCAGUCCCUGCCAGAACUUUCCCUACUUGGUGGCCCUGCAGCGACCCUACUCUCCUGCUGCCCAGUCGGCUCAGAGUUCUCCACCUUCCAGGACGGAUGGAGGCGUGAAGACCCCGUUGUGGAAGAAAGAACUGGAGGAGCCCGAGGCCAGGGAGGCGGAGGCUGCGCAGGAGGGGUCGGAGGAGGAAGACCAGGAGAGGCCGCUACAGGACAGCACGGCCGAGGGCGAAGCGGAGUAUCAGGAGGUGGAGGGCGGCGAGAGCCGCGAGCGGGACUCGGUGUCCUACUGCCCGCUGCGCCAGGAGUCCAGCACCCAGCGGGUGGCGCUGCUGCGGCUCGCGGGCAGCGGCUUCUGGGGCUGGCUCAGCCCUUUCGCGCUGCUCGGCGGCCUGGUGGCUCUGGUCGACAGAAAGCGGAGCCUCACAGAGCAGCCGUGCGUACUGGAGACGCCGCGACGACCACCCCGCGGCGGGGGCUGUGCGCGCUGCGAGAUCCUUUUCUGCAAGAAAUGCAGGAGCCUGCACAGCCUUCCGGACUACGUGGCGCACUGUAUUCUGGAGCACCCGGAUCUGGGUCCUUCUGGCCCGCUGGGCAGAUGCAUCGACUAAAGAAAAUAACCUCCAGGUUCCCUUACCCCUCUGAGAAACCUGCCCUUCCCCUCAAAUCAUUCAAUAAAGCCUCUAAGCAAAGUGUCAGUGCCUUUAGGUGGGGGGCAAGGUGGCUCCCCUGAGAAUGAUGAAAUUGAUCCUCCGUCUCCUCUGCAGAGGUUCAAGCCAGAGGAGCUUCCCCCAGGGUGGAACAAAGCGCUUGCAUCCAAGGGCAGUCAAAGGCCAUUCUCCCCCACUUAGCAGAGAAAAAAAAUGAGGGCGCAGGACGAGGAAAGCCCAUGGGGAGCUGAGGGCUGAACCUUGCCAGACCAUUCUCCCCUCCCCCUGGAAGCUCGGUCCAGCUGAGGUCAAUGUGUGUGCAAAUGAGGCACUGGCAGGUGUGGUGUGAGAAGGACUAGAGAACCAGAUGCUAAACCGCUGAGACUAGCUGAGGCAGAAGACAGGGCGGCUGGGGGAGCUGGUUGCUUCUCCAGGAAUCCUAGCUAUUCUUGGCCAGCCAGCAGGAGCUCCUGGAAUGCUGUGUGUGUGGCCUGGAGAAUGGGGCCACUGUGAGUGAGCACAAGGCCUCCCCCAGCCUGCAGGGCCCCCAGCGCCUGCAGCAGUGCAGACCUCCAGAGAUGCCCCUGCCCACUCCCUGCCACAUGUGGUUCUCCAUCUGGCCUGG